AACCUUGACAUCCUUUCAGAUCUGUGAAUCUUAAUACAAUGAACUACUACGGCGGCUACUAUGGGGGUCUGGGCUAUGGCUAUGGCUCUGGUUAUGGCUGUGGAUGUGGCAGCUACCGUGGCCUAGGCUAUGGCUAUGGCUGUGGCUGUGGAGGUCUGGGCUACAGUGGCUAUGGCUAUGGAGGCCUGGGCUGUGGAGGCUAUGGCUACAGAAGCUAUGGCUAUGGCUGCUGCCGCCCAUCUUGUUGUGGAGGAUGCUACUCUUCUGGAUUCUACUAAAGAAACAUCUGCUCCCGAAGUGUCAUGGAAUCAUUGUCUGGUCAAGCUUGGGUUAAUUCCACAUUUUCCUAAUGACAUCAUAUUCCAUCUACCUCUGCUACUGGAUGGCAUAGGAGAGCUAUUACAAGAUGCCUCAGAAUCCAGAUCAGAAUCACUCGGGACAAUGAAAUAGCAAGAACUGAGAAGCAGCCAAAUUCAUUCUUCUGGAAAAAGAUGCAGAAUCUCAUCUUCAUGAGGGAUUUUUCUCCCAGUAACACCUCUUUCCCAGAAAUUUUGCAUAUCUCUGAUAUACUAUGGCUGAAAUAUAUUAUCUAAUAAAUUUGUGUGACU